AAUGUCUCAAAAAAAAAUUUCGAACAACAUAGCAUCAGCAUUGUCUAUUAAAGGCUAUAAUGUCACCGGAUCUCAGUGCCUUUCAAAAUUUCAUGGAAUGAAAAGAACUUAUAAAUCUAUAAAAGAUCACAAUGUUAAAUCAGGCAAUAAUCCAAGAUCAUGGCCCUAUAUGGAGGUCAUGGAAUCUCUGCUUGAUGAACGACCUUUCAUGUUGCCACUAGCAAUAGCCUGUUCAAGUUACAUUAGUUCUAAUCGCUCUACAUCUAAUAACACAUCAAGUACUUCGUCCAAAGAAAAUACAUCAAAAAUUGCUGCAUCAAUUAUUCAAAGUCGAGAAUUGGCUGAGAAAAACAGAGAGCAGAGACACAAAGAGAAAAUGGAAUUUCGAAAAGAAAUGCUGGAUAUCAUGAAAAAAAUGUUAGACAAAUAG